AUGUCGGUCAAGCGGGUCCUAGUUAUUGCUGGAUCUGACAGUUCCGGUGGCGCGGGCUUGGAGGCAGACCAAAGGGUUUUGGCUGCCCAUGGUUGCUAUGCUCUCACUGCCACAACUGGGCUGACUGCCCAGAACACCCUGGGUGUCCAGGAUAUCUUUAUCGUCCCGUCUGAAUUUGUGAAAAAGCAGAUCAACGCUGGUCUCGAGGAUGUCGGUGCUGAUGUAGUGAAGAUGGGAAUGCUCUCGUCUGCUGAGACUAUUGAUGUCAUUGCCGAGACACUGUCAACGCACCAAGUCCCAUCCAUUGUUCUCGACCCGGUCAUGGUUUCCACCAGUGGAUCUCAGUUGCUACCAGAGAAGGCUGUGAAAGAGCUUCGAACCAAAUUGCUCCCUAUGACUACCAUUCUGACUCCCAACAUCCCGGAGGCCCAACUCCUGAUUAAGGACUCCGGCUCAGAAGCACCUGAACCGGCAGAUCUCGAUGGUAUCAUUGACCUUGCCAAGAAAAUAUGUUCAUUGGGGCCAAAGGCAGUUCUUCUAAAAGGAGGCCACCUUCCUCUUACAAAGGAUCAUAAGACGGCUCAAAAUUCACAAGAUGCAACUACUGUUGUCGAUGUGCUUUUUGAUGGAGUGACGGAGACAAUUACCUUGUUCGAAACUGAGUACUUGAUUUCGAAGAACACACACGGCACCGGUUGCUCACUUGCCUCUGCCAUUGCUGCCAACCUGGCUAUGGGAAAGGACAUGGUGCGGGCUGUUCGUAGCGCUGUCCGAUUUGUUGAGGCCGGGAUCAAGAGUAGUGUUGACAUGGGCCAAGGGAGUGGGCCAAUCAACCAUUUCCACUCACUCUACACGAUGCCGUUUGCUCCUGGUCGCUUCCUGGAAUAUAUUAUGGAUCGCCCUGAUAUUCAGCAAGUUUGGAAGAAGUUCACGUAUCAUGAGUUUGUUGAAGGAAUGGGACAGGGCACUCUUCCAGUGGAGCGAUUUAAGGAAUAUCUUGUGCAAGACUAUCUCUACCUGGUCCAAUUCGCUCGCAGCAAUGCUCUCGCGGCAUACAAAUCCCAAAACAUGGAGUCAAUUGCGGCUUCUUCGCAAAUUGUCUUGCAUAUCCAGCGGGAAAUGGCACUUCAUCUUGACUACUGUGCUUCGUUUGGCCUUUCCAAACAGCAAAUGGAGGCACACCCAGAAACUAUCGCAUGCACUGCGUACAGCCGAUUCAUCCUUGACGUGGGCCAAUCCGAGGAUUGGCUUGCCCUCCAAAUGGCGUUAGCACCUUGCUUAAUUGGCUAUGGCGCCAUUGCGAGACGACUUUAUUCCGAAGAGAAUACCCUGCGCGAAGGGAACCAGUAUUGGAAGUGGAUCGAAAACUAUGUCGCCGAGGACUACUCGGAAGCCGUACGCCUCGGAUCAGCUUUACUGGAAGAACACAUGCAGAAAGUAUCUCCGAGUCGAAUGGAGCAAUUGAUCAAGAUUUUCAUUCGGGCGACGGAGCUAGAGAUUAGUUUCUGGGAUAUGGGCCUCAGCGACCGAAAGCUUUGA